AUGGUUAAACUAACCGAUGAAAGCAGAGCCUUUCAUUACGGUGUCUAUUCAAUUGUGUUUAAAAUACCACCUGGAAAAGUUACAUCAUAUGAUAAACCUCAGAAUUCACGACAAGUUGGGUCAUCCUUGAAACAUUGCUCUAUGAUAUUUCAAGACUUGAACCAAGGUUUUGAUCCAAGAGAAGAAGAGUAUUUAAAUAUAGAGAAUUUACCUUGGUGGAGAGUUUUGGCUAGUUCUGGUAAAAUAUCAGAAAGAGGUAAUUCAAGAAGUCAAUACGAACAAGCUGAUCGAUUGAGGAAUGAGCAUGUCAACGUGUCUGACAAUCAUUUCGUCGAUUUAGAUGAAUUUGGUUGGUUUCCAGAUUAUGUUGAUUUAUCAUGA